GUACUCUGUACUUAAAAGGACGCAUAUGAUCAUUCCUGCUCAAGCGCUACGAUCGCGUUGCCAAAACGUCGAUAUGAAGGUCCUUGCUUGUCUCGUUAUAACUCUCUACAUUAGUGGGAGUUGCGCCGCUACGUUGCCGAAGAAGAUACAGUUUGGAACAUACGUGUUGUAUGACACCACCCUCAGGAACAGGAGUACGACCGGCAUAGGAGUGUACAUCAAACUUCUCAUCAAUUCGAUCAAUGCCAGACUACCGUUCAACGUCACCGAAACGCAGAUUAAACUGGUACUCAUCGGGAUGAAAGAAGUUAAGGAUAGCGCCAUCGUCAGAAUACUUGGACCCUAUCGACCCGUGUAUUUGUCUGACACGACCGAAUCGCUGUUGUCGUAUGUGAAGAAUGAUACUGAUUCGGACGUAAAAGAAGCUGACAUUGUACUGUACAUCUCAGGGCUACAUGUGGACGCAAUCCCCUGGAUGGGAGAGUAUUACAGAGGUUGGAGCCGAGGCGGCGCAAUUUGCACACCCGACAAAGGAGUGGCGCUUCCCCUGUACAAUCCGGACUUUGACAGGAUGGAAAGUGUCAUGUUCGGCAUUCUUAGACUCCUGGGAAGUCAUGAGACUGGUGGGGUAGCAGCAAAUCUAAAAACCAAAUCCCGGGAGUGCUUGAGAAAGAAACCGCAUGGUGUGUACAGCAACGUGACCAAGCUUCCAGGGGAAGGCCUCGAAGGAACCGUCUAUUGCAAGGAGUUUGCAGACAACCGCGAUGACUUCUCAUUGUGCGAGACUUUAAACGAUGGCUGUAAACUAAGCUGCUGCUGGAACAACAACAAGCGAGAAUAUCGACGAACUUCAGCACCAGAUGGCUUCGCAUGUGGGAGCGGAAGCGAACAGGUAUGCUUCAUGGGCAAGUGUGUACAACGCAGUGUUCUCACGAAGAAGGGUAAAAGUUCAAAGCCUACAACCCGAAAGCCCAAAACAGGAAAGCCCAAAACCCGGAAGCCCAAAAAGCCAUAAUUCUUAUUGUUAUGCCAGUCAAUAAAGAUGCGUGCCUAAGCCUCAGCUUA